CAUCUUACACAGUAGGGAAUUAUCAUUAACCUUAGAUUAUAUACGCUGGUGAUAACGAACUUUGAUUUGUCCUCUUCAAUCCUUCCAAUCACUCUUGAGCAAGUCGUGCGAAACACACGACCACUAACUAGCAUUUACUCACUCAUUCACAGCCAGUCUCACACUCAUUUGUUAAUUAACUUUGGUUGCCGAGACCAAACCGGAAAAAAGUCCCAUUUCCAAUGUUUUCUCCACUCCAGCGACUUGUCCAUCCAUGACUACACGUGUGUGAGGUGCGCGCCCGAGGAACCAAACCAGAGAAAACUACAACUAAAUAGAGUCCAAGCUACUUCAGAUAUACCUCAUAAUAUCCGAGCCUUUAGUUCUAAAAAUUCUCAAAUCAAGUGUCAUGCUCGUGGUGCUUCUACAAUUUAAUCGCUGCGAACCUGUUUCUUCCCCUCCGGUCUAGGCAAAUAGUAAAUAGGUUAUCCUUAUCCUUAUACACCCCUAGCUCCACUGAGCUUCUACGACGAGCGACGAACGCGCAUGCUUGAAGCCUAUGUCGGACAAUCACUGAGUGGUCUGGCGUAGUUGCCAACGCCGCCCGCAACAAGUCAUGAGUGAUAACUCAAGUCUAGUCAUUACUUUGGUGGAGAGACUGAUUACAAAAGUAUAACCCUCAGUCGCAAUCGCAUUCCCCUACGUGUCGCAGUUAGCUAACAUAUUGUUUAUUUACACACAGCUCCCACACAGGACUGGCGCAGAUGCACACCAUCUCCUUCGCGAUGAGAUUGCCCUCUUGAGUCGGACUACCCUCGUCAAUAUUAGUAAACCAUCUAUUGCGGUCGUCGCCGAAGCCCUUGUGCAAUUGUUGGAAGAACUUGCAAGGCCAUACAAAACGAUAUCGGCGCAUCCAUUGCAUGUUUUACACUCGGAAUUUUACGUGCUUGAGCUGCUAGCGGAAUGCUGUACAACCCACUGGGAAAGCAUCAAUGCUUCACAAAAUGCUAGCUAUCGAGAAGAUCUACUCUCUCAGGGCUACAGGUCCGACGAUAGCAUAAAACCUGAAGGACGAAGGGCAUCCAGAAACAGACUUUUGGCGCGCGAUAAACCCCCAGAAGCAUUAGACGACGAUUUGGCAAAGAGGUUGUUAGAUGUGAUCAAGUUGUUCUCAAACCCUAUACCGGAGGGCUAUGUGCUUCCGGCGUCUAAUAUCCUAGACGAUGUGCUUGGGGCCCCUCCUGCUCAGAACUCCUCAGGUGUGGAUUCCUUGAACGGCACAAAUAACCAACAAAAUGGAAUCGAGUCUACAUUAUUGAUACAAGAACAUUCGGAAUCCACAGAGGCAUGCAUAAGGAAAGUUGUGGAGUUUGUUUCCUUCUCCAAUUGGCCGCGGACUUUGGAGUAUUUGCGGGGCUCCCUCCGUGGACUACUUGCGGCCCAAUCCUCAAAUGGAAACCAAGCGCAAAACGGUUCUAUAGUUGACGAUGAAGCACUUGUCACCGUGCGCUUGAUUCCAUCGUUUUGGGUCGAUAGUCGAAAACUAGGAGUUAUCAUACAAGAACUGUGCGGCAGCUUCUUGCACCUCCGCAAGGCCUUUCAGACUAUUGUGGCAGUAGUCGUACCUCAGUUAAUCACCCGAUGGCUGGAGCGAAACCCUGAAGAAUUCAUUGAACUACACACAAUGCACAAAAGGUUAGAUGGUGGAGCGGAAACUCUCUUUGAUAUGACGAAUAGCAUGAUAGAUGCGGGAAGACGAAAAACAUUAUUAUUUCCAUUUCAAACGUCUUUGUUAUUCCUUCUCCCAGACGUUUUUGAAGUCGCUAGCAACAUGAGAGAUAUCAAAAGUAGCAGCAUCUCCAAGAAGGUAUCGUUUUUGGAGAUGCUGAGGAAGACUUUGAGAAACAGGAAUGAAGCGGCCAUUUAUUGUUUGACCUCCGUUUUGCGAGUUGCAAGACAUUUUCCUCUCGAUAGUGAUUCAGCACUUCUGAGCUAUGCCUUAGAUGUCCAGGAAGAAGUGCGUGAAGCAGUAUUCAGGAGAUAUACUGUGGGUGCAGAAAACACAACCAUAGACUCUGGGUUAAUGACAGCAGCAUUUGUCAGUUUGGCGCAUCUAAAUUUUAAAACUUGCGUUGAUAAUCUUGCACCGUUUUGUCUUGCUCCCAAUACAUCUCCAGAUUUCAAACUUGCUGCAAUAAGAGCAUGCACGCACUUCGCCAAGCAAUCUAAUGUCAAUGACUACAAGCCGUUGUUUGCUAAGAUGUCUGAAUUCAUUCGCACUUACAUGAAGGUAUGGCGCGUUUGUGACACUUGAGAUGCGUAGCUAAUUCUCCAGAAGGGAACAACGCUGAGAUUCAGAGACUCCUACCCCGUCGAACAUUUGACCAUGAAUAGACAAACGAAAUUUGCAUUUUCCGGAGAAGUGGUGUAUAGCAUGUUAAUAUUCUUGCACGUAUAUCCUAUGGCUAUGUUUGUUGGCCUCGACAUGGGCUCACCGACUGCUGACACCAUUUUUGAGGACAUUUACGCUGCCUUUUUGGCCUUUUUAACCUCCGAAGAUGAGAAAAUUAGAAUUUUGUCAAGUGAGGUCUGCCGCGAUUCACUGGCCGCAGCAACAAUGUAUGCCUGGCGGAAGAAUAAUUUUCAAUUCUCGAAUAUCGCGAAAUUUAACUUCUGGGAAUCAACGUAAGUAUUUGGACAUAUGUUACUAGUCAAUCUAGCUUGACCUUGCUGAUGCAUUGCUAUAGCUCCGUCAUACUCAGUUCAGUUUCGAGCAAAAUCAUAAACCAAACUAUUGAUGAACACAAUGCUCUUGCCUUCGUGCAUAGCUAUUUGCAAGGAAGACUCGAUUUAUUGAAAAAGAUCAAAGUAAGUAAUUUCAACAUUUUUUUAGAUGCCUCGCGCUCGAAUAAUCAACCCUCAAAGGGGUGUGUGAUCAGUUACGCAAUGCCGGUACCGGUGCCGUAUCACCUUCGCCUGCAACAGCUCACAUGUGAUAGGAUUUAACUGAGCUAGAAGAAGAUGUUUCGGAACGGUUAGCAGCAUAUUCUAUGAUGGAAACAUCAUUUUUAGUUACACUCUGCUCGCCUGAUAUAGCAGUUUGCCAGCUGGUUGCAUCAAGCAUCUCUCUAUUCGCAGAAGAGAUUCGUCUUGUUGAAUCCGCACCGGACUUCAACAAACUAUCCUUGGCAAGUGCGCGUAAUAUGGAAGUUUACCAAGAGCUUUCUUCGAAAGACUUCAGAUUUACAGGUAUAGUUGCUUUUCAAAAGCGAGCGCGAGGUCUUUUGCGUCAAAUGCAACAUCCUACCGCCGGCAUCAUCAACGCAUGGGAGACUAUCUUUGAUCGGUGGGUUAGAUUGUCCAAGCAACUUAUUGCGCGCUCUGAGGUUCUCGAUGAAAGAUCUUUGGGAGAGUGGCGCAAUUGUUCUGGAUUCCUUGCUUCUCUUGGUGGCAUUUGUGUCGCAGGCCGAUCGCUUCUUUCUACCCCAGACGACCAGGCACUUGCCAGUUUGCGAUGGAUCGAUAAAGUAACUGCGGAAAGCUACGAUGAAACCUUGCUCAAUCGAUAUAUGCGGCAAAGUGUUCAAUUAUUAGCUAGCAACAGCUUCAGGAUACGUGAAGGCACCAGGGAUGCCCUAUCUAGUGAUCUUGCCAAACCAUUACACAUGCCUCUGUUUGAGGCUCUCCAAACAGAACUGGAUGUUUUAUUCGAUAGUCCGCGUAGCAACGCAAUCCCUGUCGAAUCUCGGAUAGUUUUUGCGGAACAGGCAGCGGCUCUACUGAAGAGUAUUGUAGAGAAGCUCGGAAGCCCAGCUGAAUUAGGUACAGGAAUGCCAGUUGAUAUUGGUGCCUUAGCACUCAAUUUUGCGAAAUUCCUGAAUGGUUCAGCAGAAGGGGCAAGCGCGUUGAGGGUCAAAAUUAAGAUAUGUCAGUUAUGUGAAACUCUCACGCAGAAGAAAGAGCUCUUGAAUUUAAGGCACGACGUGCGUAUUCGUAAUCAGCUUCUGGAGGUGAUCUUUGGAUGGAUCGCGCGCCCAGGAACCCCAAAUGCCGAUACUGGUAUUCAUCUAGUAGGCAAUCGCCUUGAUGAGCUUGUUCGCCUCCAGAAAGAUCUUGAUAGAGCUUCUUUGAAGGCACUAGCAGAAUUGACAUAUCGUCUUCCCCUGCAACCAGCCGAAGGCCAAUCCGAUGCAGAUACAAGCGACUUGAAGUCACAGAUGUUCCAUACAUAUUUCAACAGGUUUUUAUCUCUUCUCAAUCACGAAUCGGCCGAAAUCGGUAGGAAUGAGGUACGGCUCACAUCUGCCGUGAGUGAUGAUUCUAUGAGUAGUCCAGAACUUGCAAUAUCUGCACUUUCUAAUCUUUUGAGUGCCAAUAUCGAUGUUGGCCUCAAACACUCCUUGGGUAUUGGCUACCAUGAAGACCUUGAGGUUAGAACAGCUUUCGUCAAAGUUCUUUGCAACAUUUUGAUUCAGGGUACCGAAUUCAACAAUUUGUCUGAUGCAGCUGUGAAUCAAAAGUAUGAUGAACUUCUUGAAGUUAGUAUUGACACAAUUGUCUCAUCCAAAUAAAUGUAUUACUAACUAGCCAUUGAUAGCUACUUGUUAAUGACAUGACACUUACAAUUGCACUUUGCGAUGCAUGCCCGAGCACAGAGGUGGAUGAAAUGACCAUUUCACUUCUCAAUAUUUUCGACUCCAGAGGAAUGGGCUUUUCUCUGCUCGAAGCGCUCAUCGAGCAUGAAGUGGAGGAGACCGGCAAGUCGUCCCGGGAAUUGAAGAUGUAUUUGCAUUACUAAUAUCAUGUAGAAAAUGAAGCUGAACUUUUGAGAAGAAAUUGUGUUGCCACCAAGCUUCUGUCAGUCUAUGCAAAAUGGAAGGGUGCUGCGUAUCUGAAAGCGACGCUACAGAAAGUCUUAGAGCGUCUAGUUCUCACUUCAAAAGACCUGGACCUUGAACUUGAUCCUGCUAGAACAACUUCCCCGGAGGAAUUGCAGAAAAAUGCUCUUCAGCUUCGUGUAGUGACAAAAGUCUUCAUCGAUGAUAUAUGCAACUCUGCAUCGCGUAUUCCGGUAUCUUUCCGAAAGAUCUGCAACAUUGUAUGUCAAUUCAUGCUCCGCUAUUAUCGCACUAUUGACAUUCUAUAGAUCUCUUCUUGCGUGAUGAGAAGGUUUCCAGAUGCUAAAUUUACUGCCGUCGGUGCCUUUAUAUUCCUACGAUUUUUUUGCCCAGCGAUUGUCGCACCUGAUGCAGAAGGCUUGAUAGCGUCCCCACCGUCGAAAGAAAUGCGCCGGGGUCUUCUCCUUAUUGCAAAAGUAGUUCAAAAUUUAGCCAACAACGUUCUUUUCGGGGCAAAGGAGCCUUACAUGUAUCCUCUAAACGAUUUCUUGACACAAAAUAUAUAUCGUGUAACGACAUUCUUACGAGAGAUAUCAGUAUGUUGAUUCAUUAUAGGUAGAAGAAGGAAGCUAACAUUAAAAGGCACCCCCCAAUGUUAGGGAAACACUUGCCGAGUCCGAGUCUUUCGAUUUUGGCUCUUGCGUAGCUCUGCAUCGGUUUUUGUAUGAUCACUGGGACCAUGUUCGACAAAAGCUUGUUCUUCGUGAACGACAACUAUCUGUGAGAUCUCCUAUUGAUGGUGCCAAGAGUCAUACCCCAGUUUUGGAUGCCCUUCGAACACUCAUCUCUAAUCUCGGACCACCACCAAUGGAUGUGUCGUGGAAUAGGCCAGCGAUUUCACAAAAUACACCACCUUCGUAUUCACGCUUCCAGCAUUUCAUGCUUAGAAAUGCUGGUCGAAGUUCAGAAGCUGUAGUAUCAAAUAGGGCCGUAUAUGAUGGUGGUGAAAGCAAGGUAGGCAAAUAUUAUCAUGUUAAAUGCUUUCUUCAGCUUAUACCAAUAGGAUGGACUUUCGAUGAUUUGUAUUAUACUUCGAAACAUCGAUACAGAAGGAACGGAUUAUGAUCUCUUGUUAUAUGUGUACUUGAAGGUUAGUAAGAGUCGCUACAUUCUAACGCCUUCCUUUGCUGAUAUCUUCCAGAUUGCAAGCCGCAUGUGGCAUAAGCCGUUUGGUAUCUUAAUCGACGCAACCUGUUAUAAUGGUCAAAACGAGCCUCAGGAUGCACUUUUCCGAAGGCUUGAUUUGCUUACGCCAUCAGAGCUCUCAAAGCAACUGUCUAGGGUAUAUGUCUACAACAUGAAUAGUGCAUUUAGGUGAGUAUCAAAUGGGUCUGGAGAGAAGUGGUGCUAACAGAGGCAUAGGAAAUGUUUUCGACGCAUUCUUCGACUAUCUGCAAAGAGUGAAAAUAGCGCCUUUCACCCGAAGAACGUUGAUUAUCACCUGAUUGGUAGUCUUCAAGACUUGCAAUCCCAUUUUCAUCUCACACAGCUUCACCUACCCAAAGAGACUAUAAGCGUUGUCACAGACACGAGAUACGUUUUUCAACCUAUAAUAAGGUUGUCUAAAACGAAAGGCAAGGUAGAAGUGAUAAUCAAAAUUGGUAAUCAAUUUGUUCAAGUGACAACAACGAAGAAACAAGAAGUUGUUCCAGGCCUUAGACUACAUGCUACAGUGAACGAUAUCUUCCGCUUAGCAGAGGUCGAUGAGGCCCCUACCUCAAUACAGACCGAAGAUGACUCUGCAUUUGGUUUACGAACUGACAACGGCAAGAUCGUAAUGUACUUCACUAGUCCGAGAAAGGGCGAUAUUUUACAAGCUAUUCGCAGUGCUAAGACUAAGCAUGGAAAAGAAUUGAGGACCUUGAAGUCAAUUGAGAGAUUGGUCAGACCGCAAGAUGUACCAGGAACACUCCUCAACAUUGCCCUCACUAAUAUGGCGAGCCCUAACGCGGUUCUGCGGCUUGCCUCCUACAAUUUGUUGUGUGCUCUUUGCCGAGCGUUUAAGUUCGCAGCUGAUUCCAAAUUCAUGAGUACAAAGGGUAUAAGAUACUGCUCCCAGAAUGUGGAUUGUUGCUAAUGGACUCCAGAAUUAUGUGUUCCUUUGAACCCGUCACAAUUUAUUGUUGGAAUUAGUGCGCAAUUGGCUCGCUCAGAGCCUCAGCUCACAGGGGACUUUCUCAAUGAAUUUUUCGUUGGAUGGGAAAGUUUUCCAUACUCGCAGAGGCCCUUAAGCUUAGCGUAUAUGGCGCCUUGGCUACCCAGUUUGAGAACUCAUCUGAUACCCAAUGAAGCUGAUGGCGAUAAGGGAAGAGACAAAGUCGCUGUUAUCUUCAGAAAGCUUAUUGAAGUCGCCAUAUCUGACGUUGUUCUUAGCAUUACCCUGGAACAAAGCAUCUGGCCAGCAAUUUGCAAGGACGAAGUGUAUAUGGAUAUAUUCCUAGAGGAGAUCCUCAAACCAGCCCUUAGUUUUGGCAUCGAUGAUGAGCGGACAGAGAUUCUGGGUUCCAUUCUUGCCUCACUCGAUACAAUUACGAUACGUGGAAAACUAAUCUCGAGGCUUCGAAAGGCUCUCAAUCGUACCUCACUCCGACCAACAAGGCAUCUUCAUGAAAACACAGUUUGGGGUGAGAUUUGUGUUCUUUUAAGACUCACCUUGUCUGUUUCGUUCGAUAGCGGUGUCCAGUCGCAGUUAUAUCUCCCUGAAGUAUUCCAUCUUGUCACCAUGCUGGCUAAUACAGGCUCGUCUGACUUGAGAUUAAUUGUUCAUCGCUUACUUGUCAAUACUAUCCAUGCUAUGUGCACCACAUUUGUAUUGGAAGAAAGCAAGCUUGCUAGAUUGAAGGUUAUGCUAUCGUCAAUAUCGGAGCCUCGUCAAGAGUCUCCGUUCAGCAUACUAUCAAGAGACGGUGCUUCUCUUCCUUCAUCACAAGACUCGGGACCCUCAGCAUUAUUAGCCACGGAGUCUCUUGCUGGCCUUCUCUCUGAUAUAAGUAUUGUAGCGGCUCCAACGGUUGAUUUGUCAAACGCGUGGCGUGCCAGGUGGAUGAGUUUGGUGGCAAGCACUGCUUUCCAGAGUAAUCCAGCAAUACAACCCAGGGCGUUUACUGUUAUGGGCUGUUUGGCUCGGGAAGAUGUCGAUGACGACCUACUUUAUCAAGUGCUGGUAGCACUUAGAAGCAGCAUCGGUCGAUAUAUGGAAGAUAGCGACAGUGAAAUGAUGGUUGCUAUAGUCACAGCUCUAACCAAAAUGAUGAACAAACUACCCUCGGCAUCACGUUAUGGAACCCAACUAUUCUGGCUUGCGUUAUCUCUUGUGCGCUUGGUACCAAUUGGACUUUUCAAUUGCGCGGCGAUGUUCCUAGAUGCCGUCCUACUCAACAUUGGAGCUUCUGGUGAACUCAGCAAUGGGCGCAUGAUCUCAACAUUAUUGCAAGGUCGAGCGCCACUUGAUGAAGCGGCAAUACAACUGGAUGAAAUAUAUGGGAUUCAUUUCACUGCAGAGAACUUCCAUUUCGCCAUUUCUGCUUGCAUGGUAAAAGGUAUGACGGAUUCGUUGACGAGAUCUACUGCUAUGCGUGUAAUAUCAACAUUCCUCGACACGACCAUCACUAAUGCGCCUGAUGGAAUCUCGUUUCCACGAGAUAUUAGUUGCAUACCAUAUCUUGGUCUUCUACUGGCCCGAGCGCUCAAUCCAGAAGAUGCAGGGCAUAGUUUAUGGCUUGCUACUGCUACCCAAGGAGAACACACCCCAUAUUCAGAGUCAGAUAUGGACAGUAUAACACAAAUUGCAGGUCUCAACGAGAGAGAAUUGCUCCUUACUUGCGCCAUUGGCUUAGUCGACUUUCACUAUUUAGAUGAUAUCAUCCAAAAUCGCGCAUUGCAAUGGCUCAAUAAGCUUGCCGUAUCAUCAUCAAACGUCAUGCUACGCCUGUAAGUCAUCCUGUCAUGCCCUGCCACAUCAAGAUCAAUACUAACUUUAUGAAGCUCCGGCCCAAUCACGAACAUACUAGAUGAUGUUCUUAUAUCUUGCCAGAAUUCGACAACGCUCGAAUCUGCACAUCAAUUGUUACGUACCAUUACAUCAAAUCCUCAAUUCUCGGCCGCGAUGGAAAACACCGAUGCGUUGGAUAGAGUAUUGAGUAGCAUAGGCUUUGAAGGUUUGUGGAAGAAUUCGACCUACCAAGGCCAUCAUGAGGUCGCUAGAGAGUGUACUGCUUUGACUGAUAAGCUUAUCGAGGUAUGCAUCAUUUUCUAUUCCUUGUCGAGUGUCAAGGCUAACUUGAGUUUGCAGCUUAUCAUUGCAUAAAUAUAAAAGAUGAGGAACGUGUGUUUUGUGAUGAAGAUCAGGAAGGGUAAGUGGCUGGUGACGACAGGUGAAGAAAGCGAAACGAGGCAUGAACCACAACUUAUGAUAGGAUAAAAAGCCCCUUUAAUUUUUUUUAGCGUUAGCUUUAGGAUAAAUGAUACCCUGUUCACA